GCAUGCAUGCCAACGCCGUACGGCAUUGGAGCAAUACGGGGAGCGAGCGUCAUUCGUUCGAGCAAUGGGCAAAGGCAACACGUUUCGAGGGACUUAUCAUGCCACCGAAUGCACUGCAUCCGAGAGAGCGAGCGCCAACGACGCGGCCCGCAAUGACAACCGAAGAUGUCAAGGCGGAACGCGAUGCGGGCUAUCGGGUUCGUUGUCCACCCAAAGAUGGGUGUCGACAGAAAGGGGCCAACGGGACGCGACGCUUCCAUCGAGUGAGGUACCGAUGCAAGAACCGAUCGAUUGUGACCGCUCGAACUCAAGCUUUGUUCGGGGCACGUCAAUGAGGUGGAGCCGACGUUGACAGUUCGAUGCCCGAGCAACGAGCCUGCCAACCCAAACUACCGUAUCACCACUCAUGCGCCGUACGCAUCGAGCCCGUGCAACGCUCGGCUAUCCGCGCCCUUACGCUGCAUUAAAGCAAGCAGGGUCGCAGAGUCGCCGCGCGAGGCCGAGCACGGAACGUCGUGCGCGCGCUCGAUAUGAGCAUUGUGUAACCCACAUGAACAUUGCAACCGAAACACCGUCAUUGUUAUGGGACGAGCCCUUUCGUCAAACGGGGAUCGAUCGCAGCAUGUCCAGUCUCGACAGAGGAAAGCAUGCCGAGAACACGCCCGCAACGAGGUGCAAGCAUUAUCCAAGCAAGCCCAUCCCCCACCUCACCGCACAUCCCGCUCUCUAUCCCCGCCCGACGUAGGGGCAUAAGGGGCACCCACCAAACCCUUCCACCAAGCAAGAAGCAAUCACAAGACAUCUCGUAUCUUCACGAACAAGCCCGCUUGGAGUGCACGCCCACACCGAGGUGCAAGCAUUGUCCGCGCAAGCCCAUCCGAGCAUCAACUCGACACCCGCUCUCACUCCCCGCCCAACGGUCGGACGUGGCACUCCGACGAAACCCAUCCACCAAGCACAAAGCAAUCGCAAGACAUCUCGUAUCUUCACGAACAAGCCCGCUUGGAGUGCACGCCCACACCGAGGUGCAAGCAUUGUCCGCGCAAGCCCAUCCGAGCAUCAACUCGACACCCGCUCUCACUCCCUGCCCGAUGGACAAGCCCAUCGUUAUGGCCAAACCCCUCCACCAAGCAAGAAGCAAUCGCAAGACAAGCCCACUUGGAGUGCACGCCCACACCGAGGUGCAAGCAUUGUCCAAGCAAAACCCAUCCAAGAAUGUCAAUUUGACAUCCCGCUCUCACUCCUUGCCCGACGUAGGGGCCCGACAUUCCAUCGAUUUUGACCAAACCCUUCCACCAAGCAAGAAGCAAUUGCAAGACAUCUCGUAUCUUCACGAACAAACCCGCUUGGAGUGCACGCCCACACCGAGGUGCAAGCAUUGUCCGCGCAAGCCCAUCCGAGCAUCAACUCGACACCCGCUCUCACUCCCUGCCCGACGGACAAGCCCAUCGUUAUGGCCAAACCCCUCCGCCAAGCACGAAGCAAUCGCCAAGACAAGCACACUUGGAGUGCACGCCCACACCGAGGUGCAAGCAUUGUCCAAGCACGCCCAUCCCGCUCUCACUCCUUGCCCGACGGUCGGAUGUGGCACUCCGGCCGAACCCUUCGUCCACCAAGCACAAAGCAAUCGCAAGUUAUCUCGUCUCCUCACGAACAAGCCCGCUUGGAGUGCACGCCCACACCGAGGUGCAAGCAUUGUCCGCGCAAAGCCCAUCCGAGCAUCAACUCGACACCCACUCUCACUCGCCGCCGGCGGCCGGAGGUGGCACUCCGCCGGCGCCGACCCCCCAAGCAUAUGUGCCCAUGAUGGGCGCAAUGUGCUUGAAGGGUCGGCGCCGCGGCAUAGGGGUACCCCCGCGCCCCGCCCAUGCAGGCAGGUCGCCCCCCUAUAUAGUACAUUCUGUUGGGCGAGUUACGACAUUCCGCUGCAGGUCUUCUGUGUCUUGGUGGUACGGCUUCAGGUUGCUAACAUGAAUUACUGGGUAGAUCUUCAUCCAUGUGGGCAACGCUACUCUGAACUCUCUCAGGGUGUCUCUGACCGACCCACCAAUCUCGCUCCCCUGGAGCCUGGUUGCUCGACCCCUUCUUGUGUUCAAAUUCGAAGUCGAACUCGGCCAGAAAUUCCUGCCAUCUUGCUUGUUUCGAAGUCAACUUUGGCUGGGUAA